UUGCAAAACUCGACGCGGCGGCGGCGGCGCGGGUCGCACGGCAUGUUGAAGGGUGUCGUCAUACGGGUACUCGUCAUGGCUGUCUCAAACAACUGGGUAUGGGAUCAAGAACCCCUUCCAGCGCCAUUUGCACACGAAUAUAUGGUGGAUGUACCAACUGCAUAUGUGGAUCACGCCGCGGCGGCGUUCUAUCCCGUUGUCAUGAUGCAUGGGAUGAACGACGCUGGCCACAACGGCCACAUGGAGCGCAUGCGGCACGUCGUUUCCGAUGCACUCGAUGGUGUGUACGUCACGUCGGUGCAAAUAGGUCGCAACGUAUGGGAAGACGAGUACAACAGUGUUCAUUUGACCAUGGACGAACAAGUGGCGAGGUUUGCCGCCAUUGUCGGCCGUGACCCCAACCUCCGGCAUGGUUUCCAUGCGAUUGGGCUAUCUCAAGGAGGCCUCAUCGUUCGCGGCUACAUCCACCGGUUCAACGAUCCGCCCGUGAUUGGGUUCUUGGCCUGCCAUUCUCCGCUUGCUGGGAUCGGGUCGCUACCGAUAUGCAACCCCGCCGACUUUUUGUGUCGGCAUCUCAACAAGUUCUUCGGGGCGUUUGCGUAUUCCUCCGAAUUGCAACGCCAAUUGGCCCAAUCCAACUUUUACCGGGACCCCACUCGCAUCCCAGAGUACCUCGAGCGCGUCAAGUACUUGCCCGACAUCAACAACGAACAUGCAGUGAAAAACGCAACGUACAAGGCCAAUUUUGCAUCGCUGCGCCAGUUAAUCAUGGUACGGGCACUUCAAGACACACAGGUACGCCGUUAGUACUACUAUUACAAAGAUUCCAAGCUACAACCAUUGAUAACUGACGCGGCAGAUUGCGCCAACUAUGUCGUCUUGGUUUGGUGCGUACGAGGACGGUGGGUGGAAUGUGAUCUUACCGAUGAACGAGACGACAUGGUAUCAAGGGGAUACAUUCGGGUUGAAGACGCUGCACACGACAGGUCGCCUGGCCAUGUACGAGACCCCUGGCAACCACCUGCAGUUCAGCGACGACCUGCUCGCGACGUGGGUGCGGACGCACUUUCGACCGCCUUCAAUGCAGAGAACAUUCGAUUAGAUUUGAUGAAUAUAAAUUAUAAGAGGGGAUUUGUUGUGGACA